AUGGCUACGUCGACUGGAAGUUCCACUCAACAUCGAAAAUUAGCAUUGAUCAUUGCGAAUGGUAAUUAUAAUAGAGCUGAAAAUCGACUGAAUCAAUCAUGUGAAAAUGCCACUGCAUUAAGUGAUUUGCUUAAAACAAUUGGUUUCAAUGUUACAUUAAUAUGUGAUGUAGAAAAACAUGAUAUGACCAUUAGUAUCAUUGAUUUUUCGCAAGAAAUUCGAGAUGGUGAUUUAGUUUUAUUUUACUUCUCUGGUCAUAGCUCUCAAGUGCAUGAUAAGAACUAUUUGAUUCCUAUUGGUGACACUUACAUCGAAACAGAUCAAGACGUUGAAGAAUUUUCCAGUGGUUUUGAUCGAAUACUUGAUCGUCUUGUACAAAACAAUCCAUCUUAUCCGACUGUAUGUAUCUUAGAUUGUUGUAAAGUAUAUUUACUGAAAACUAAGACAGCAUCGAAUUCUACAUCAGAAACUAAAGGUCUACGAAGGAUGCCACUAACUAAUGGAGCAUUUAUUCAGUUUGCUUGUGCUGCAGAGGAAACCAGUCGUAGUAAUUUGUUUGCUGAACAGCUGUUGAAAAGUAUUGCACAAGAAAAUGUCAAUAUUGUGGAAGUUUUUCGACGUAUCUCGGAUAAUGUAUAUCAAGAAAGUGGUAAAAAACAACGACCAUUCUCCAUUAAUGGAUUGAAUCAACUUGGGGAAGUUUGUCUCAAUCAAGUAUAUCGUCCACCUCCUCCGCCACCGAAGUCUGUUGAACCCAUUCUAUCGACAGAGCAGUUCUUUUCGGAUGAAGAAUUAACAGACGUAGAGAAAAAUUACUAUGCAGAAUGUAAAGAAUACUAUCGCAUGACAAAACAACCUUUAAUAUCAGUUUACGAGGGAAUAUUUGAUCGUCAUUCUGACUUACCAUCCGUGUCAUUCAAAUUUGGGAUCGAUGAAAACUGUGAAAACUUUGAUUUACAAAAUUUUAUGAAUCAAAUAUGUCAUAAAUUAAAAGUACCAAUGAAAUAUUUAACGGUCAAACAAGUACAAGAAGGUUCAGCUAUAUUAGAAGUAGAUAUCUUUAAUAAACUAGAAACUGCUGAUAAGAAAUUGAAAUUGAAAAUGGUGUAUAACAUGGUGGCUGAUAAAGAGGAUUUUCAAAAGGAACUUGGUAGAAUGAAAAUAUUUUUUAUGUACAUGGGUCCGAUAAAAGAAUUAUCUAAAAAACAAAAAUUUCGAAAUGAAAUUAAACUCAAUCCUGAAUUCAACCGUAAGUAUGGUCGUGGAGGAAACUUUUGGAUAGGAGCAAUUAAUGAUGGGAAAAAUCGAGGUGGUCAGCCGUAUUAUUGCCCAGUAGGAUGGCAACGAUUUUCAUUUUAUGUAACUGACAAAUUUGAUGAAAAGUUUAACGGUUGGUGUAUUGGUUAUCAUGGAACGAAAUUUGCAUAUGGUUUAUCUAUUUUGUUGAGUGGUUUAAAGCCGGCCGACAUAGUUGCACAUGGUACAGGAGUAUAUCUUAGUCCUUCAAUUAAUUAUGCGUCUCAUCCAAGAUAUUCUGAAGUAAAAGUAUUGGAUUCAUCGCAUCAAAACAAGUUUUCAAAACGUGGUAAAUACGUUCAAUAUGUAUUAGAAUGUCGUGUUCAUCCAAGUAAGAUAAAAGUAAUAGCUGAACAAACGUUAAAAGCCGAUAAUACAGCUAUUGAUCCUAAUGUUAACAAUCGCAUCAUUGAAUGGUUGAUUGAUGAUCAAAAUAAAAGUGUCGUAGAUUUCAAUGAUUCCGAUUCCUCAAUUGUUUGUACAGGAAUAUUGUUGCGUGUAACCGACAAUCAUCCUGGUCUUCUGCCUGAAUCACAUUGGUGGUAUAAUGCACAUUUGUGUAAUGAUCCAAGGUGCUGUUUAUUAGGUAUCGACUUAAAAUCUUUGUAUCAACUACGUAGCAAUGGUAAUACUUGUAACAUUGUCUUUGACUAA